AGCGAUCGUCAUGACGACGGAGGACGCCGCACGACCGAGGCAGCAGCAUGGCUACCUACAGACCCGGGGUGCUCAUCGGCAACUGGAACGAGGACUCGUGUCUGGGGGAGGACCUCUUGAGGGAUUUUCUUCAUAAAAGAGAACGAGGAGAACUUCUAACACAGAGAAUAAACAGGCUUCAAGACAACCUUUUAAGGAAGAUACACCUGUCAGUGUCUGAGGAUGGAUUUGUUCAUUUUGGAGACACAGUGAUGCUUUUGAAUAGUGACGACAAACCCUCGGUGGAGAAUCCCUGUGGUGUGUGUGGCAGUCUGACCUUGGCAGUUAAUCUGGAUGAACUGUCCAUAUUUUCACCUCUACCACUGCAAACCCUUCAUGGAGUUAGUGCAAUCAAGAGUGUGGUCCCUGUGGGUAGAAAUACUUUCUGUAUUUUAAGUGUAGAUGGAAGUGCACUGGGUGAACCAGUUAAAUAUGGGCAAGCCUUUGGUCUUGGGACAACAGGAGGGUUUUCUGGCCACAUGUUGUAUCUAGCAAGUGACCAUAAAUCAUUUGUAAGAUUUGCUAAAAAAUCUUACCUUCAGCAAGUUUUUUUGACAGAUGAGCUUUCCUAUUUGACCUGCUGGCAAGCUGCCUUCUUGGAUCCACAGCUGCGUCUUGAACAUGAAGGAUUUCCAGUUCCUGCAAACUCCAAAAUUAUUAUUACCCAUUGCCAAACUAAUCGCAGCUUGGCUGUUCCAAGGAACUUUUGGACAAGGUCUUAUUUUGGAAGAGAGUAUGAAGUAAUUUGUCACACUUUUCUGGACACCCAUAAAGCUGAAGAAGAUAAGAAUUACUGGGAAAUAAUUUCAGGAGAUCCCAGUGAUGAGGAUAGUACAAUGAUUGAUAGGCGCAACUGCCCACUAGGGUGGAUCAGAAAGAAUGAGUCUUGUGAAGAGACAGAAUAAAAAAAAUCCUAGUCUCCAGCCAACAGAGGUCAGUGAGAUUCUGACUCUUGGGUUUCCUGUUCAGAUUCUAGAGACGCUUUGUUUUAAAAAUGGAAAUGAAAGUCUACUGUAAGUAAUAUUGCACAAUCUCAUCAUGGUUAUACAGUGGGCAAAAACUAACAUAAUUUUAUGAAUCAUGCAGAAUGUUAAAAAUUCAUGAACCAGGAAGGGUUCAUUUUCCCAUUUUCCCAUUCAUUGAUGGCAAAAAAUGUCAAAAUCAAGGAAAUCUAAUACAUUUUCACUAAACUACUGGCUUUCAGAGGGUACUUAACCAAUUCUUCCAAAACCAAACCAGUGUCACUCUUUUUAAAAUGAGUGUACAGUUUCCAGAAUGCUGAAAACAAAACUCAUGAACUGUCAUUGGAUACUUUGACAUUUAAAGUUCAUCUGAAAGAAAGUUGGUUGUUGAGCUUGUUCCACACUCUGCCUAGCACAAUGUUGUGAAUUACUGAAAAAUCCCAAAUGAGCUGUCUCUAUCUCAAGACUGGCUUCCAAUUUAUGGAAAUGAACUUAAAAAGUGUAUAAAUUGAUUUAUGUUUGGCCAUGUAUUCUAAACAUUUAAAUGCCGACUGAUCAAGAACUUGAGCACAGUGAUACAGACUAGAGACUUCUGGUCAGCUUUUUCCAACCACCACCAUUUUCCAUUUGCCUCCCACCCACAGAAUUUUUCAAUUCAUAAUCACUUCUACCAAGUUUGACAGCAAGGUAAAAUUGUUAAAAUUAAGCCCCAACAAUUCUCUUGAAAAUAUAUGCUAAAGUAGAAAAAGAAUAAGAGAGACUGUAAGUUUAUCCAGUCAGAAAAAGAUUGCUAUCUGUGUUCAUAUGUAAUUAGACACUGGAGAAUCCGCAUAAAAAAA